CUGUUUAUUUUUUACAGGUUAAGGUGGUUUUUGACAUGGCGCUUGGUAUCAAUGGUAACCAAGUUUGUUCGUUUAUUGAAUGUGACUUUUGUCUAAACAGCCGAAAUCGUCGUGGAGUGAAAUUCUUAACGCGUUGUUUUUACGUGACGUUGUCGCUAUGGAUAUUUGGUUCUUUAUUAUUAAUGAUGGUAAAAGAAGACAACACUACUACCCACAAACAAAUCGAAAAAAAGGAAAAAGAACGGAACGUUUUUGAACAAUUCAAUAAGUUACGACCAACCGAAGGAAAUGAUUAUGAAGCUACAAUGAAUUUAAACAUACCCGCCCACAGAAACACAACACACCAUGAAAACAACUUUGAAGAAUUCAGAAUCGAGCCAAAUCCAUUGCUCCCAUAUUUGGAUUGCAAAGGCGUAUUGGAAGGAAGAGACGAAGCAAUCGUUGCCGCUAGACUAAAAUCCUUAGAGCUAAAGUCAAAGCUAUUCGAAGAUCGACGUAAUCAGUUCGAAAACUUUGGUGGAAGUUUAAUACAACUUGCUGACAACUGCACGCGAUUCAAACGAGAAAGGAAUUACGUCACAUCCGCUCUUACAACAGAAGAAUCGAAUUACCCGAUUGCUUAUAUUUUAACUGUACAUACAAACAUUGCUGCUAUGGAACGGUUGCUGCGUGCAAUAUACCGCCCCCAGAACAUAUACUGCGUACACGUUGAUCGAAAAUCUUCGCAAGAGUUUCAAGCCAGUGUUCGGAAAAUUUCAGGAUGUUUCCAAAAUGUGUUCGUUCCGAGUAAUUUAACUGAGGUUCAUUAUACGCACUGGAGCCGUGUUCAAGCGGAUCUAAAUUGUAUGCACAAUUUGAUUGACAGAAAGGAGCAAGUUCAAUGGAGGUAUGUAAUCAAUCUGUGUGGGGCAGAGUUCCCACUUAAAACCAACUUCGAAGUGGUAAGAAGUUUAAAAAACUUGUAUGGAUACAAUAGCAUGGAGUCUGUCAUUCCCCCACCCCAUAAAACGAAAAGAUACGAAUACCACUUUGUGCUUCCCGACACGCAAGGCGAUUAUGUCGUAAUGGAUAAAACUAACAUAAAAAAGGAACCGUCACCGUUGGAUAUUCCCAUGUUCAUUGGAAGUGCUUAUUAUGUAUUAAAACGUCAGGCAGUAGAGUUUAUUAUGACAGAUUCAGAGGUUCAGAAAUUCUUUAAAUGGAACAAAGACACUUACUCACCAGAUGAGCAUAUGUGGGCAACACUGCAAAGAUACUACCCAAGAUUACCUGGUAGUUUUCCACCUCAUGUCAAGUAUGACCAAAAUGAAUUACAGACCAUUACGAAACUUGUAAAGUGGGGUGGGCUUGAUACAUUGGUCUAUCCUAAAUGCUCUGGUGUUUAUAGCAGGGGAAUCUGUAUGUUGGGAGUUGGAGACCUGAGUUGGUUGUUGCAACAGCAUCAUUUAUUUGCUAAUAAGUUUGAUAGUCAUAUAGAUCCUUAUGCAAUUGAAUGUUUGGAUAUUUUUUUAAGAAAUAAAACUAUAAGUCAAGCAGUAAAGUACAACUCUGUUGGUUUUAUAUAAGUUUUAUAUAUUUUAGUGUCAUGGUAGUGCUUUUAUUCGUAACUAUUCGCUGCUUUUACUUAGGUUUAGUUUUCAUUGUGUUGUUUUGCAAAUUCUUCAUUGAACUUUACAGUAUUGUUACACUGCACUAACUCAUUUUGUGUUAAAUGUCACAAUACUGAACACCAUUAUGGCAGUAAGCAUAAAUGUUUGUUUCUUGUCUGUUGGAUUACCAUCAAUUUUUACUGAACUCAUUAUUUACUGGAAUAUGUGCGGUACCAGCCUUAUAUUUAAAUAUUUCCCACCUUUAUAUUAAAAUAUUUAUUUAUUUACUGAUUUUUCUGAAAUGUUCAACUGUGACAUUAUAUGAUUUUGUACUUCAGUUCAUAGCCGUACCUAGACCAUGACACCCUACUACUAUUGCCAAGUUAUUUAAAAUAAAUACAUAGAGCUAAUAUGUGAUGUUGAGUUAUUACGCCCUGGUACAGAAAAGUAGUACGUGAGAGUAUAAUAUAAUAUCUUGCAAUGGA